AUGGACAACCAGCACAACAAUGCAGAAUACCCCGCCGCGUACCCGCCGAACGUGCCCAGUCAGCCAAAUCAACCCAAUCAGCCGGACCAAAAUGACCUAAACAAGCAGAUGUACGACUACUAUUACUACAAUAGUAACCCCGAUGGAGCUAUGGGCAACAAGAGGGGCUAUAACAAUAUGCCGGGAGACGCCCCCUUCGACGGAAAUUACGCCAUGAAUUACGGCUACAUGGACCCGUCCUUCUACCACAUGAACAGUGGAAUGCCCCCGAUGGGCAGUAUGAUGAACCCAUACAGUAACGCCAUGAGUAGAUUCCCAAGCAGAAUGGAAGAACACCCGAGUAGCUACAGAUAUAGCAAUCUAGACCACACAUAUAGGGGGGGUAUGAAAUAUAAAAUGGGUGCAAACAAUGCAUCUAGUAGCUCCUUCCAUUCAUCUCUAGCUAAUUAUAAUAAUGAAGAAAAAAAAAAUAUCCUCGAAAUGACAAACACUACAACGUACAAUGUUAAUACGUUACUCAGAAAUAAUAUUUUAUCGUCUGAAUACUUCAGAUCGCUAGUUCCACUGAAAACGUUUAAGGAGGUGGUGGACGAAAUUCACUUAUAUGCCGACCAUGUGGAACCCUACUGCAUUGGGAGCACGCGCGCGCCCUCCACUCUCUUUUGCUGCCUCUACAAGCUGUUCACCAUGCAUUUGUCGGAGAAGCAGAUGAAGAUGUUGAUCGAAAGCCGAGACUCCUGCUACAUACGAGCCUGCGGGUUUUUAUAUUUGAGAUACGUCCACUCUCCUGCCAAUCUGUGGAUGUGGUUCGAGCCCUACCUGCUGGAUGAAGACCAGUUUGUCACAUCAGCCGACAAACGGAAGAAGCAGACGAUAGGCGAGUACAUUCAGUGCCUCCUGGCGGACGAUAAGUAUUUCAACACAGUCCUCCCGAGGAUGCCCAUAAAAAUAAAAAACACCUAUGGUGCGCGGCUGAUGCUGAUGAAUGACCAUAGGAGGAGGCUCAAAAGGAACAAAGAGAAGAUGCACAAGUUUGUGAAGGGAGAACCCGUUAUGGCAUAUGUCAACGGCGAGUGGGAGAAGGGCGAAAUCGGAGGCAUCGUGAACCACGGGAAGGAAAAGAUUUUCGUCAGAAUCAGAAAAAUCGAUGGGAACGAAAAGCUCGUUAACAUGGGGUACGUGAAGCUGGGCUCGAAGGACCCCGACAGGGAGAGGGACGCAGACAGGGGGGAUGCCACCGAGAGGAGCCGCAGCAGGAGCAGAAAUGAGAAAACGCACAGAAGGCGCAGCAGAAGUAGGAGCGGGAAAAGAAGGAGGCGACGGAGCAGGAGCAGGGGCAGAGACAGGAGCAGAAGCAGGAGCAGGAGCAGAAGCCUGCAUAGAGGAAGACACAGGGAUAGGAGUCGUGACCGAGAUAGGAGUCACGACCGGGAGAGACGCCGAAAGAGACGAACGAGCGAAGAACGGAGCGAAAAAAAACACUCCUCACACGACAAGUCGCACAGAGACCACCGUGAUAGGUCACCCACGAAACGCGGAAGGAAAUCCCACGAAGAAUCGCACAGGAAGCAGGACAAGUCCGCAUCGAGAUCGUCCAGAUCGUACAGUUCCGGAGAAGGUAAAGAGCAUAGAAAAGACAAGUACCAAAUUAAUGAAGGCGAAUUAAUUAACAAAUUUAGAAAAAUAGAAAGCCAAAAGGCACUCGCCACUGGAAAGGAUUAUGCUCGCAGACCCACGUCAUACAAAUCCUCUCUCACCAUAAGGGUAGAGAAUAUCCAAACGAGAAAAAAAUCCAUUUCGAGAUCUCCCAAAAGAAUAGACAAAACGGUGAGUCAUUUGCAGAAGGAUGAAAAGGGUACUGAAAAUGUUGCGACGGAAGACUCCAAAUUGAUGCAGCUAAUGCAAAGGUAUAACAAAGAGGACGAUGGUGAGGCGAAAAGUAAAAUGAACGCUGGAGAUAUGGAUGAAAUGGAUGUCAUGACAUUGGGGUAA